AUGGACGACAACAGACGUUGUUGGGUCUGCCUGGGGGAUUUUGGUGAAAUCCCUCCCAUGGGAACAGUGAAGCAAGCCCAUGAAUGGAUCCAACCAUGUACCUGUUCAAUGGAGGCCCACAGGGUUUGCCUGGCUAACUGGGUUUCCUCUGUUGUUCUGCAAGAGAAACGGCCCACAAGGCAAACCAAUAGAAAUACAAGCUGGCUUUUUCUAAUCUAUGGAAGAACUCAACAAGUCGAGAUGAAAUGCCCGCAAUGUCAGAAACCAAUUAUACUUCAUCUGAAGCCAACUGGUUUCAUUUCCUCUGCCUUUAAAUCGGCUGAGUAUUUUGUUGGUGACUUUACCAAGUUCGCUUUGGCAUCCACACUGCUAACUUCAGCUGUAACCGCUACUACAUUGGCUUCAGUAGGUGUGCUGUCUCUCACAGGAAUGAGAAUCAUGUCCUCGUUAUGUCCCAACAGUGUGAUAUUACGAUUAUUUGACGUCAAACAACGAAUAGGUACAUUAGCCUCAGCUGUUCAGAACGGCUAUCUUCCUGCCUCCAGGGUUAUAACCUUUACUUCAACCAUUCCAUUUUACCUAUUGAGUCUGAGAACGAGAUAUUCCAGAAUGACAGAUAAUGAAAUACUUGUCAAUGUUUUCCCUUUGUCAUUUUUUAGUGAAACCAAGUACCUUCUUAACUUUUCAGGAAUAAAUGAGAGUCCCAAAAAAUGGUUUCUUUUGAUAUCCCCAGUCAGAUAUGCAUACAUGUUAUUCUUCCGCUUGACAUUUAAUCCCUGCUACUAUAUGUUGGCCAAGAGAACCCGACCUGGAUUUAUUGCCAAUAACUUUUCGGUACAAGAAAUAGAUGAAAUGGAAAUAGAAAAUAACCCCGAAAACAUUCCCGAAACAACUUCCUCUAAGCAAAUGGAGGCUAGUAUCAUUUUGUCGAUCAGAAGUUGGCUGAUGAAAACCAAAAGAAGGUUCAAGAUUCGCCGUAUAAGAAGGAUGUUUAUUAGUUGCCUCAAGACAGACUAUUCUAAAGCUUUUGGCAAGAGUUCCAUGUUCUUUCUUAUUGGUUCCACCUUGAUAUGGCCAGCCUUGGGGGAGUUCACGAGUUCAACACUCCUUUCAAAACUACCAAGUCUAAUGCGUCUGCUAAACAAGCAUGUCUCGUCUCCCGAUGAAGCUAUAUUUGUUCGAAACUUGAUAGGAUGCUUGGUGGUUGUACUGGCUAAAGAUGUUACCAAUCUCUUUCUAACAUGGAGAUCUUGCCUACAGUUAAACGACUUUGAUGUAUUCGUCAAUCCUUAG